UGUAUUAUCAAUUUACUUUUCUUUUUAUAGAAUGUGGUGGACGAUAACUGGAAACUUCGGUAACAUUUUACCAAUCGAUUGGUCAAAAUCAUAUGCAAGACAAAUACAUGUUCCAGCUUUAAAGUUGGGAGAGCGACCAGCAGAAACACCUGAUGAUGAAAUUCAAGAUUUAAGCUCUGAAGACGAAGCUGUAGCUAAUGACUUGGAUCUGCAUCAAUUGAUACUAAGCGGCAUGCAAAAUAAUGAUAAUGGACCAAUUCAAACUGCCGAAGAAGUCAUCAAAGAGAUCGAUGACAUUAUGGAUGAAACAACACCAUCUGAAGGUGACGUCUUGGAGAAUGAAGUCAUGGAAAAAGCUAAAGAAGUUCUUGGAGCGCCACUUUAUGAAGAUAAACUGAAGGAAAUGACGAUAACUCAACUGAAUGAUCUCUUCAUGGAAAUGGAAAUUCUCAUUCGUGAAUUUUCUGAAACAUUAAUAAAUGAGCUCGCAUUACGCGAUGAAUUGGAGUAUGAGAAGGAGCUGAAGAACACUUUUAUUUCACUUUUAUUGGGCGUUCAGAACAAGCGGCGCCAAUUUCAUGUCGAGAAGAAAAAAGGAAAAAUGCAAUCAUCGAUGACAUCGUCAACUCAAUCGCUGAAUGGUCAAAAUGGCGCCACAAGACCAAAUGGUCUCAGCACAUCGUCAAUGGAUCCUAAAUAUCUUACCACAGUCAUUCCAUAUCAUUUAGAUGCUGGCCCUCCCGACAACCAAGCACUUCAAGUGCUCAUAAAGAUUUUAAGAGCGAUUAACGAGGAUUCGCCUACAGUUCCAACCCUCUUGACCGAUUACAUCCUGAAAGUUCUUUGUCCAACGUGAACACAAUUAAGAGAACUUACACUGACCUAAAAACACUUUCUCUUCUGAUUUCACUUUAAUGUUCUUUGUAAUUCUAUUUAGAAAUCUGUUUCCUUGUUCAACAAAUGAAUUUUAUUAUUCACAAUGAUGAAAGUGAAAGAAGAGAAGCAUUUAAUGACGAAUGCAAUGUCGCUUUCUAAAUAUUCUUAAGUAAGCAUGUUCAGCCUCUUUAACCCUCUCUAACCACGCGAAAUGAAUUUGCUCAGUUCUGGUUUUACCUCCCACUUUCCUAAUUUUCUUUUUCAAUUUUGAUAGCAAGAAAAAAAUAUCCAAAAGAACGAACAGAAAAAUUAAAUUUUUGUAUCUUUUAAUUUCGAAAUGUGUGAUAUUUUAAUUUUAAUUAAUAAUUAAUUUCUUAUUUUGUAAGAGAGAAUCGAUCUUAAAAGUGAUUAAAAUGAUUGAAACGACCAUCAAAAUAUUGAUGGAAAUUGAACACUUAAAAUGUUCAAAAACAAUUCACAAAAAUAAAAAAAAAUCUUCGACUUGGAACACGUUUAAAACAUGUUCUGAUAGUCGUGCCAUAAUAAAAUAUUUUUAGUUAAUUAAGUUAUAAACGAAACAAAACAAAAAAAUUAUAAGUAUGAUUAUGUAUGUAAAUAACAUUUAAUGAUUUCAUUGAUUAGCAUUCGCAUUUCAAGAGCUUUUUUUUCCUUUUUUCAUCCCAUUCAUGUUAACGACACAAUUCUCAAAUCUCAACCCUCAUAAAGCAACUGUUUGUUUAGCUUUAGUGUAAAUUUUAGUAAAAACUUGACAAACAGAUAAAGUGUAAUCAAUGUUAGUUGUACAUUCAUGGCAACUUUAAAUAUCUGCUUUAGACAGUAAUUGGAUGUUAAUCUUCUGUUUGAAUAUUACUGAAAAUUGCUAUUUAUGCGUAGGAGAAAAUUUACUUCUCAUCACAAUGUCCUUCAAGUGCAUCAAAAUAAUAAUAAUGAUGAUUGAAAGGAGUCAGUUAAUCUCUGCUGCAUUACAUUUUAAAUAAUCUUCAAAAUAAUUCAAGAGCUUCGUUUUAUUUUUUUAUACCAGUUGCAUAAAAAAGUUUCUUCGCUGCAUGCACCUUUGAAAGUAAAAUUAAAUAAAGUCUAGAAAAGGAAUGUUGAGUAGGAUGAUUGUCAUUUUGAUUCAUUCGAUAAAGAGAAAGCUUUCUCGUCUCUAACUAAUAACGGAGGUCAUCAUCCUUACCGUAUUCAAACAAUAUAAAUAUAACAAUUUAUAACAUGGUAUUAAAAAUAUACUCAAUAAAAUUGCAUAAUUUUAAAUCUAGCAUGAAUGUAGCUCUUCGCUAGAUGCUGCAUAAUCAUGAGAAUAGUCAAAACUAAUUGAGCUCUAUUGAAAUCUAACUCAAGAUCAAAGAUGUUAAAUAAAGAAUUGCUUCAAUAUUUCAAUUGUGCAAACCUUUUAUUCCACCUCCGCUUCAGCGGCAUUUAGAUUAAAUCUACCAUUGCAUAAAGAAGUUGCUGGUUUAUAAAAAGAAGUAAAAGAGAACUUAAUCAAUGUACCAAUAAUAUUUCCAAAAAAGAUUUCCAACAACUGUUUGUAAAAUGGAAAAAUAAUUAAGAAUCAAAUGAAAAUUGUAACUAAUUCAAUGAGGAAAUGAAAAAGGUGAAAUAAAAAUAAAGCAAAUGCUUCGAAAUGAAAAUUAUUUAACUUUUUUCGCCUCUCUUUCUUCUUUUCGUUUUAUGAGUUCGUCGAUGUUAGCCGACACUUCCAGGAUUGCCUCUUUUGCUGAUUGGGUCCUCUCCAAUUCAUUCUUUUGAAUGGCAACAUUCCAAGCUUUUAUUUGGAGUUCGAGAGAUUUUGCUUCAUCGUGAAUAAUCUCAACUUGUUUCAAUUGUAAUGGACUUGACAUUUCUUGGGCAACCUUUAUCAACAGAUCUUUUUCCUGGUUUUUCAAUUCAACAAGCGUUUGUCCCAUUGAAAUAUUUUCUUGCGCAAUUUCAAUGAACUGAUCUUGAUUUCGUUGAAGUUCCUCAUCAAUUUCAUGGUGUUUUUUAGCGAGUGCUUCACAUUUUGUUCUUUCAAUAUCCAAGUAAUAUUCAACACGCUCUCUUAUAAGCUUCUUGUCUGAAUAACUCAAAUUAAUCUUGUCUAGAUCAAGUUCAUUCAAUCCUAUAACACAAUUUUUGCUCAUUCCCCAAAUUAAUAUAAUCUUUGAUCUUGAUAAUUUGCAGUGCCUUUUCAAUAUUUUUUCUUGAGUUUUCAGAUAGAUCACUGGGAAAAUCUUUGAUAGAUAUCCGUUUCAAAAUUUCUAAUUUCAAACAAUUAUCUUUGAAUUUUUUUAUUUCCUUGAUGUGGAGAUUUUUCAUCUCCUGCUCAUCCUUGUUUGUAAACAUUAUUGGGUAUAACUUUAAUUGUUUAAUGAUUGA